AUGGCGGACCCGCGGCGGCCGGCGCGGGUGGCCAGGUACAAGCCACCGGCCACCGAGACCAACCCGGCGCUGGAGGACCCCACGCCCGACUACAUGAACCUGCUGGGGAUGGUCUUCAGCAUGUGCGGGCUCAUGCUCAAGCUGAAGUGGUGCGCCUGGAUCGCCGUCUACUGCUCCUUCAUCAGCUUCGCCAACUCCCGCAGCUCUGAGGACACCAAGCAGAUGAUGAGCAGCUUCAUGCUCUCCAUCUCGGCCGUGGUGAUGUCCUACCUGCAGAACCCCCAGCCCAUGUCCCCCCCCUGGUGA